AUGGAGGGGUUUGGGGGAGCCCCCAGGUUCCUGGCCUACCCACGUGCCAUCACGGUGCAAAGAGGCAGUGAUGCAGUCCUGAGUUGCCAGAUCACAGGUGACCCCCAGCCAAGCAUCCUCUGGGAGAAGGACAAGACCCCUGUUGAACUAUCAAGCCGUUUCCAUGUGGAGGCCAAGGGGAAUCUGUACAGUCUGCUGGUGUCCUGCACCAUCCCACAGGACAGUGGGCUCUACGUUUGCAAGGCCAAGAACUGUGUUGGUGAAACCUAUGCUGCUGCUACUCUCAAGGUAGAGGUGGGCGAGCCCCAAGAGGAGAAGGGAUGUUCAGGCAUCGAAGCACCUGCCUUCCUUGUGGUGCCCUCAUCCAUGAGAGUGUGCUGUGGGGAGGAUGUGAUGUUCACCUGCAGGGUGUCUGGGCAGCCCUGCCCGGUGCUAGAGUGGGAGAAGGAUGGGCAUAGGCUCUCUGACAUCUUUGAGAGCAGCCACUUUGCAGUGGGGCAGGAUCCAGAGGACUGGCACUUCCUGAAGCUGUUUGGCGCUCGACCCCCAGACAGGGGGGUGUAUGUAUGCCGGGCUCGCAGCGGCUCCCAGGAAGCCCUGGCCGCUGCUGUGCUCCUGGUUGAACCCUGGGUGCCACCCGGUGGGCUCCUCAAUGGCUCUUCUGCUGACGGUCCCAAGCCACUGGUGGACCGGCAGCAGUGGUGGCACCAGCAGGCAGCAGGACGACACACAAGACCAGAGACUUGGGUGCCCAAUGGCACAGUGCUGGCCAGGGUGCCAAAGGCCAAGGCAUUUGCUGUGAGUGUGGGGAAGCAUGCCAAGUUUCGCUGCUACGUUACUGGCAAGCCCAAGCCAGAGAUCAUCUGGCAGAAGGAUGGUGAAGCCCUCACCCCUGGCCGCAGGCACCUCAUCUAUGAGGACCGGGAGGGCUACUUUAUCCUGAAGGUGCUGUACUGCAAACCCCAGGACCAGGGGCUGUAUGUCUGCACUGCAUCCAACACUGCUGGCCACACCCUCAGUGCAGUGCAGCUCCAGGUGAAAGAGCACCAGCUGCGGUUCCAGGUGCCGCUGGCAGACGUGGAGGUGGCAGAGAGGGAGGAUGCCAUUCUGGAGUGCCAGGUGCCGCUGGAGACAAUCCCCACUGCCUGGUACCUGGAGGACAGGGAGUUGCAGCCCAGCCACAAGUACGUGAUGGAGGAGCGAGGAGUGGUGCGGCGCCUGACCAUCCGCGAUGCCCGCACCGAUGAUGAUGGCAUCUAUCUCUGCCAGAUGAAGGACAAGGGGCACAGCAUCGCUGAGGUCUCUGUUCGAGGGGUGAUUGCAAAGAGGCUGCCACGGAAGCUGGACGUGAUGGAGGGGGAGAAUGCAGUUUUCUGCGUGGAGACACAAGAGGUGGUGGAGGGGACCUGCUGGAGCCGGGAUGGGCUGCAGCUGCAGGAGUCAUCCCACACUGUGCUGAAGAGCUUUGGCAGAACGCACCUCCUGGUGCUGGUGCACGUCACCCGCCAGGACGCAGGCAUCAUCUCCUUCACUGUUGGGGAGUCACAGACAUCCUCCCAGCUCCGCGUGAAGUGUGUGAAGCGUGACCCCCCAGGUGCACCAGUGGCAGCCGAGAUGAGCGUGGUGGAGAGCAACGCGGCCCUGCUGAGUUGGUGCCCCGCGCCGGAUGCCCAUCUCCGCCCCCCCAGCCGCUACCUGCUAGAGCGGCGGGAGGCGGCAGGGGGUGAGUGGGUGCAGUGCCUCACCACUGACCUGCCCGGCCGCGUGCGGGUGCUGGGUGCCAGUGUGCCCCAUGAGGCUGAUUACUGCUUCCGCAUCUGUGCCGCCAACGAGCAUGGCAGGAGCAGCCCUGUGGAAUUCCCUGGCUCCGUGCAUCUUGCCCCGGCAGCUCGCCUGGAGAAAGGUCUGCAGGACACAUGGGUGCAGGAUGGUGAGGAUGUGCAGUUCUCCCUGGAGCUGUCAGCUGUGGUGUGUGGCAGCUGGUUCCUCAACGGUGCAAGGCUAGGCGAGGAGGUGGGUGGACGGUGCAGCGUGCAGCACUGUGGGACGGAGCACUCACUGCUGAUCCGGAGAACACGGCUGGCCGACAGCGGGGCACAGGUCACCUUCAUGUCUGGCACUGUGUGCGACUCAGCCACACUGCAUGUGAAAGCCCCACAGGUCCGCAUCACACCAGUGCCUGAGGCUAAGCGGCUCCAGGAGGUGCCAGCAGGGUUGCCUGUGCUGCUGGAGUGCCAAGUGUCCUCCCCGGAUGCCCUUGUCCACUGGUUGAAGGAUGGUGAGGCCGUGACUCUGGAUGAUGUUAUUGCAGUAGAGGCAGAGGGCUGCAUGCGGAGGCUGCUCCUCCGCUCAGCAAGUCCCUCGGACACUGGCACGUACACCUGUGACACUGGGGAUGAUGCUGUGAGCUUUGUAGUGACCGUGACUGAGGCACCGGUGAGGAUCAUCAGCUCCAACGAGGAGGCCCCCCACACCUACACAGCUGGGCAGCGUGUGGAGCUGUGGUGCCAGCUGUCCCGCCUGGCAGCCCCAGUGCAUUGGUACAAGGAUGGGGAAGAGGUGGAAGUGAGUGAGAGCCUGGUGCUGGAGCAGGAGGGACUGCAGUGCCGGCUGGUGCUGCCUUGUGCCCAGCCACAGGACACCGGGGAGUUUGUCUGUGAUGCUGGUGGGGACUCUAUCUUCUACACCAUCACUGUGGCAGAGGCACCGGUGAGGAUCAUCAGCUCCAACGAGGAGGCCCCCCACACCUACACAGCUGGGCAGCGUGUGGAGCUGUGGUGCCAGCUGUCCCGCCUGGCAGCCCCAGUGCAUUGGUACAAGGAUGGGGAAGAGGUGGAAGUGAGUGAGAGCCUGGUGCUGGAGCAGGAAGGGCCAUGGUGCAGGCUGGUGCUGCCUUGUGCCCAGCCACAGGACACCGGGGAGUUUGUCUGUGAUGCUGGUGGGGACUCUGUCUUCUACACUGUCACUGUGGCAGUACCCGAGGUUCUGCAGUUCCAGGAGGUGCUGGCAGGGCUGCCCAUGCUGCUGGAGUGCCAAGUGUCCCAUUCAGAUGCCUCUGUCCAGUGGCUGAAGGAUGGCAAGGCUGUGGUCCCAACAGAAGUCCUGGCCAUUUGCUCAGAGGGAAGCUUACGGAGGUUGCACAUCCCUGCAGCUGCACCAUCCGACUCAGGGAUGUACACCUGUGAUGCUGGGGAUGAUGCUGUCAGCUUCAGGGUGACUGUGAGCGAAGCAUCGGUGAGGAUCGUUGGCUCCAACAAGGAGGCCUCCCAUGCCUACACAGCUGGGCAGCGUGUGGAGCUGUGGUGCCAGCUGUCCCACCCAGCAGCCCAAGUACACUGGUACAAGGACAGAGAGGAGGUGGAGGUGGGCGAGAACCUGAUGCUGGAGCAGGAGGGGCUGCGGUGCUGCCUGGUGCUGCCCUGCGCCCGGCCACAGGACACCGGGGAGUUUGUCUGCAAUGCUGGGGAUGCAUCUGUCUCCUACCAUGUCUCGGUGGCAGAGCCACCAGUGAGGAUUCUGCACCCUCUGCAGCGCUCGCUGGAGCUGCCAGUGCAGGCACCAGGGCCUGUGGAGCUGCGGUGCGAACUCUCUGUCCCAGAUGCUGCUGUGCGCUGGUUCAAGGAUGGGCUGGAGGUGGAUGAGACCAACAACCUGCUGCUGCUAGCUGAGGGGGCCUGGCGCUGCCUCCUCGUCUCCAGGAGCAGCGCAGAGGAUGCAGGCGAGUACAUCUGCGAGACCAAGGAUGAGGCUGUCUCCUUUGACGUCAAGGUGUCAGAGCCACCAGUGAGGAUCCUGCAGCCCCACAGACCAAUCCCUGUUGUGACAGUGUUCUCGGGGGAAACAGUGACGCUGGGCUGUGAGCUGUCCUGCACAGAUGCCCCUGUGCACUGGGCUAAGGAAGGCAUCAGGCUGGAGGCUGGGGGUAGCUUGGUGCUGGAGGAAGAGGGUGCCCAUCGCCGCCUGAUCAUCCCUGUGGUCCAAGCCGAGCACUCUGGAAAAUAUAUCUGUGAUGCUACUGAUGACACAGUGACCUUCACUGUCCAAGUGCUGGACCCACUGGUCAGGAUCCUGGAGAAGGACAUCCUGCCCACCCGUCGGCAUUGCCAGGCCCUGGAGGACCUCAUGCUGGAGCUGCACCUGUCACAUGCCCACGGGGAGGUAAAGUGGUACAAGGAUGGGGAGAAGCUGCAAGACACAGGGCGUGUGAGGCUGGAGGAGGAUGGGACACGCCGCACCCUCAUCAUCCUGGGUGCCACAGGCAGGGACACGGGCGAGUACCUCUGCGACACUGGCGAUGACAGCAUCGUCUUCUUCAUCACUGUGGAAGUCCCCAGGGUGGUGGAGAUCAUCACAGAGCUGCAGAACCUGACAGUGCUGGAGGGGGAGGACGCCACCUUCAAGUGCCUUGUAUCCCCUGAGGAUGUCGCCAUGACUUGGCAGCUGAACGGCCAGCCUGUGGUCCCUGGAGAGAGGCUGAUGGUGACAAGGACUGGCUUAUGCCACAGCCUUACACUCCGACAGUGCCAGUCAGGAGAUGCAGGCACUGUGACUGCCAAUGCUGAGGGGCUGGUGAGCACAGCCCGGCUGAGUGUGCAAGAGGCGCAGGUGCUGUUUGUGCGGAAGCUGCAGGACAUGGUGGCAGAGGAGCAGGGGGAUGCAUGCCUGGAGGUGGAGGUGAGCCAUGAGGCUGCUGAGGUGCAGUGGCUGAAGCAGGGCAUCCUCCUCCAACCAAGCAGCAAGUACCAGCUGCAGGAGUCGGGUUGCCAGCGCACCCUCACCAUCCGCUGCCUCAGCCCCGCUGACCGUGGCACCUACCGCUGUGAAAGCCUGCACGACCGCACGCAGGCCAAACUCUAUGUGGAGCCCCAGAAGGUGUCUAUCCGGACGUCGCUGGCAGAUGUGGAGACCUUUGAGAAGGAGACAGCCACCUUCUUCUUGGAGCUGUCUCACCCUGGUGUGCCUGGGGUCUGGACACAAGACGGCAUCCGGGUGAAGCCCAGCAGCAGGUGCCGGAUCAGUGCCAUGGGAUGUGGGCACAGCCUGACGCUGGAGAGGCUGACAUUGGAGGACUCAGGCACCAUCACCUUCACCACUGAUACCCUGCGCUGCAGUGCUCGCCUGGUUGUGUUGGAGCCUCCAAUCACUAUGGUGAGGGUCCCACAGGACCUAGGGGUCCUGGAGACAGGGAUCGCCAGUUUUGAGUGUGAGCUGUCUCGCCCCAGCACAGAGGUGAAGUGGUUCAAGGAUGGGCAGGAGAUGCGGCCAGGGCCCAAGUGCCGCAUCUACUCAGCGGGUCGGCGCCGCAUCCUGCAGCUGAGCCACUGCGAGCUGGCUGACGCUGGCAUCUACACCUGUGUUGUGGGUGGCUGCCAGGCCUCUGCUACACUGCAUGUCCAGGAGCGCCAGGUCUGCAUUGUGCAGGAGCUGCAGGAUGCCCAGGUGCAGGAAGGUGACAAUGCUGUCUUCACCUGUGAGGUGUCACAUGGGGACAUAAAGUGCGAGUGGUUCUGGCAUGGGGAGAAAAUCAAGGUGUCCAGCAAAGUGAAGACACGGCAAGAAGGGACCCGGCAUUUCCUGCUGUUCUGUGGCGUGCGCCCUGAGGAUGAGGGACUCAUCCGGUUCACAGCUGGGACAGCUGCCAUCUCAGAGGCUGCUCUGCGGGUGCAAGCACUGCCUAUCCGGAUCGUAAAGCCACUGAGGGACAAGACAGUGCUGGCACGGCACAAGGCAACUCUGGAGUGCACUGUGUCCAAUGCCCGAGGUCGGGUGCGCUGGCUCCGCGGGGACACGGAGAUCUUUGCUGGUGACAAGUAUGAGAUCUGCAAUCUGGACUGCUACCGCACGCUCAUCAUCCAUCAUGUGGGCCCUGAGGAUGAGGACUCCUAUACUUGUGAUGCCUUUGAUGACCGCUCCACUGCCAGGCUCCUUGUGGAGGGUCCGAGGACGCUGCAGCUCUCCCUGACUUCCAUUCUUCCCACAGGGAGCUAA